UCCUUCUCUCGCGUGCGUAAAUUGUAAAUAUGACCUUGACGUAAAGUUGACGUCAUAGUCUUGCCUUGUUUGUUAGCCAAUCAGCGUCUGUCUCAUCAAAUAAACUCUGCGCAGACGCGCUGCGCAGUAGUCGCCGUUGUUGUGAAAAUGCGUGUGGAGGGCAAGACCGCGCAUUUUUCAGAAAAAUCAUUACAUUUAUCAUACUUGAAGGAUUUCCGUGUGGACCAGUGUCCACUCUUUCAACAGCACAAAUGCAACCAGCACCGGCCAUACACUUGUUUUCAUUGGCAUUUCAAAAAUCAGCGGCGACGAAGGCCCAUCCUCCGCCGAGAUGGUACAUUCAACUAUAGCCCAGAUGUUUACUGCACCAAGUAUGAUGAAUCAACUGGAGAAUGCCCAGAUGGAGACGAGUGUCCGAACUUACACCGCACGGCUGGCGACACUGAGCGGCGCUACCAUCUGCGCUACUACAAGACGGGGAUGUGCGUACACGACACAGACUCCAGGGGCCUCUGCGUCAAGAAUGGCGUCCACUGUGCGUUCGCGCACGGCCAGAACGACAUGAGGCCGCCCGUGUACGAUAAGAAGGAGCAGGAGAUGAUUGAUCAUCCGGAGACCGAUGUUACCGGCAGCGGCCCCAACAGUCUCGACAAGGAGAGGAAUCUGAUGAGCGAGGACCCCAAGUGGCAGGACACGAACUACGUGCUGGCCAACUACAAAACGGAGCCGUGUAAGAAGCCCCCCAGGCUGUGUCGACAGGGCUAUGCGUGCCCCCAGUUCCACAACCCGCGGGACAAGCGGCGCUCGCCGAAAAAGUACAAAUAUAGGUCGACUCCAUGUCCGAACGUGAAGCAGGCGGACGAGUGGGGCGACCCGGCCAACUGCGAACACGGCGACAGCUGCCAGUACUGCCACACUCGCACCGAGCAGCAGUUCCACCCGGAGAUCUACAAAUCGACCCGGUGUAACGACGUGCAGCAGAACGGCUACUGCCCGCGCGCCGCAUUCUGUGCCUUCGCGCAUGUCGAGAAUGAGAUGGUGUCAGGCAGGGAGGUGGGCGCGCCCGGUCUCACGUGCCUGGCCGACAUCGUGUCAUCGGCACUGCCGCAGGAGGAGCCGCGGAAGAUCGCUGAGCACGGUGACGGGCCGGCGCCGCACAAACCUCACCGCAACGGACGCCACUCGCUGUCUGACCUGAACAGCGGCGCGCUGUCGGGCCACGGCAAGUCCCGCACGCUGAGCGGGCCCACCUCGUCGGCUGCCGAGCCGCUGCCGUUUCACACCUCACCACUGGCGGUGCCGGCCGGCUCAGCGGCCCACGCGGGCGGACCGGCCGGCGGCGGCAACUACCCCAAGGCGCCCGGCAGCGAGCGGGGCGAGAAAGACGCCCAGCUGCGCCGGCGGAUUCACGAGAUCGACACCGACCCUCGGCUGGACCCGAUGGAGAAGUUGCGCCGCAAGAACAGCCUGUUCGCGUCGCUGGGGAUACCGCUGUCGUCCAGCGUGCCGGCCGGCGCCGCCGGCGGGAGGCUGUACGGACCGGCCGACCCGCUGGACAGUAUGAUGGGUCAGAUGUCUCUGGACCCGGCCGGGGACGCCGAUGACGGGGUCAUGGCUCAGAUUGACCGUGAGCUGGAGCGGGAGGAGCGCGAGCAGCAGGCGCUGGGCGCCGCCCUCUCGGCGCCGGUCAACAUCCCGCGCGCCGGGCUCGGAGAGCCGCUGGGCGGCCUGUCGCCCUCGGCCGGAUCGCCGCUGCUCUCCGGACUGGCCCUGCUCGGCUCGCGCGCCGGCGGCAGCGUGGACCAGGGUCUGCUGGGCCGCAGUAACAGUAUGUACGGCAGUAACAGCCUGUUCGAGUACAGCGGCAGCCCGACCAAGUCCAGUCUGGGGGCGAUCGGUGGUCAGCUCAUCUCUCAGAGUCCUCUGAUCGGCAACAGCUUCGGCGCGCUGGAGGUACAGCGGCUGCGGGAGGAGCUCUCUCAGAACCGGCUGAAGCUGGUUCAGUGGGAGGAGUCCCUGCUGCAGGCGCGCACAGCCUGCGAGGCCUGGCAGCGCGAGGCCGAGGAAUUCAAACUGCGCGCCAAAAUGGCGGAACAGGCGCGAGACGAGAGCCAGCGGCGGCUGCAGGGCCUCCAGCGGGACAUCGACGCCAUUAGGUCUGAGCUGCACGGCGUACGGCCGGUAUCGGACCUGGACUCGUUACCCGUGGGCACCCUAAACACGCUCAAAGCGCAGCUGGUGGCAGACCUGGAGAGGAUAGACAAGGCGAUACUGGGUCAGGUGCAGGCGCAGCACCAGGGCCGCGGUCCGGGCGGCCAGCCGCGCUGGCUCCAGUAGCCCCACUGACCGCUAGGCGCCUUUUCCAAUUGAUGUGGCCGCACCGACACUCGGCGUCGACACUCUGCGUCGUCGGAGUGUCGGAGUGUCGGUGACGGCGGUGAGGAGGGUCCUGUCGACGCCGCCGUCGUCACGGACCGUCCUCGGUGAGCGGGUGGCUGCCGGGGGCGGUGAGCGGCGUCACAGACGUGUGGGAGCCGCGCCCGGCCGCGCGCCGCCGACUGCCAUACAAAGAUAAACUGAGCCGGCCAGGCAGACCGCCCCGGCGCCCCGCGCGCGCGUCCGCGAGUCUAUAGAACGAGAGCUUGUGUUGCGCAUCGUCCACUGCCGCAGCGGGAAUUUUUUAGGAGUGUUUUUCGGGUCGGCUAGCUCGCCAUGGGUCAGCCAGCUGCAGCGCGCGCGCCUUCAGACUGCAGUGUUUUGGAAUCGGUUCAGCCGGGAUGCUUGUGUUAGAAGGGGAUCGCGCAGCGAGGGAAGGUUUCUGACUGCGUUUGCCAACUGCGGGCGCCUCAGAGGCUGGCCGAUCGUAGCCGGGAAACAGCGUACCUGCCAACAUUUGACCGAUGAGGUCUGUAGCUGAUAUUUUUUCGAAUUGUAUGAAAUGUUUGGGUGAUUUGUCUCGUUGAUAGGUGGAAUGUUUUAUGUUCGACACGAAUUCAUUUUUUCCAACAAAA